GAAUUUGGGGAGAGGUCAUAAAAUGGCUGAAAUUGGCCAUAUUCACAGGUGUUUUUUGUACAAUCCACAUGUGGCUUCUGCCCAAUUUUCCAUUUAGUAGUGGACCCCUUUGCCUUGGUUUUACAUUUGUCAUAAAUAUUUAUUUUGCUUCUAAGUUUCAUUGAUGUAAAAAUAUGUUGAAUAAACUUCUUUGUCAUAUUGCAACUGGCAGCAAAUGUGCUCUUUAUUAAAUAAUGGGACCCAAAGGAGCCACAACUAGCAGUGGUGCUGCUAAGAAGAAUGCAGAUUCAAGUUGUAAACCAUCAGUUGCCCAUACCAGAUUGAAAUCAAGCCUCUCUAAAGCUAUAGAGGCAGUUGGUGCCCCUGAGCAAGCAGCUACUGAGAAGGUGGAAGAUGAAAUUGAUGAAGAGGAGGCAAAUGAAGCUAAUGAAGCACAGGGAAAAAGUUGCAAUGUUGAGGAUGAAGGAGCAGAGGAAAAUGAUGUAGAUGAAGCAGUUGAUGAACGCGAGGCUGAUGAUGGUGGUGAGGAGAAUGAUGGUGAUGAUGAUGAAGAAGAAGAGGAUGACAGAGAAGCUGACCAACCCAAGAAAAGGAGACGGCAAUGGGAGCUUUGGUCAUCUGAAGAUAAAGAUAUCUUUUUUGAAGCCAUCAAUGAAUGUGGCAAGAAUUUUGAAUCCAUUCAGGCUUACUUCAAAACAAAAAUUCAGAAGAAAGGCCUUCCCUCUGCUCAAGCCAAGAAUAAAGACCAAGUUAGAUUCUUCUACUAUCGGACGUGGCAUAAAAUUUCUAAAUAUAUUAGUUUUGCUGGCAUUGCUAAGAAGUCCACUCAGGAGAUAUAUGGUCUUGUGAACUAUGGAGAGUUCCGGCGUCGGGUUGGAGGCACACUUGACUACAAAAGGGGACUUCAGUUACAAGAACUUGUGCUGCAAGGAAGUACAAGUGUGCGUGUAAAAGGGCGAGCCAUAAGGAUACGUACACCACAAUGCAGAGCCCUGAAAAAAUUCAACCAACCCCAAGACAAGAGUCGUGCCAGUGAGCCGCUGCCCCGCAGAAUAUCUGUGAUGUUGUCCUCGGGCAGCAUGGCCGCCUGGACGCACGUGCACAGCCUGGCACACAACCCUCGUGUGAAGACAACGCUCUCCCCCAACAGACCUCUCAGGGACCUGCUCAUGUUCCUCCAACUCAAAUGGAGACUCAAGAAUCUCAAAACGUGCGCAUCACUUCUGAUGAAGAGCAACCAAAGCGUGUCUGUGCCUGAGAUCCAAGAACCUCUUCUCAGAAUCCGGCCCUCACCUCAAUGCAGCGUGACUCUUUCUCGGGUCACUCAGGUUACUGCAGAUCAGCAUCCCUGUGCAUCUCUUUUAAGCCAUGAGUCAUGGCUGAAGGAAUCCGGAGCCCAAAAAACAACCAAAGCCAAAACAAAUCGUAAGAGUAGCAAUCCUACUCAAAAACCUUUCCCUAAGAAGCCUGAAGAAGAGACAAUCUCUAAGAAGGCUGAAGGAACUGGUGAAUUUCAAGCAUCUGUAUCAGUUGUGGAUGAGGUUUGGGAGGCUUCUCAGGAGGAGACAGAUUUCAGCGAUGCUGAGGAACUUGGUAUUCAGAACAGGAAUAAAACAAACUCCACAAAUUUGUGCGCCGAUUCACAAACUUCUGAUGAAGAUCACGAAGCAGUGACAACUACAUCGACUGUACCUCCUUUGAGCCGCUCUCGGAAUCAAAGUAAUAAGAAUAGGAAUAAAACUAAUUUGUCUGUGAAGUCUAGCGGCCUUUCCACCAGCUCGUUAGACCCAACAGCUAACUGUGAUAAUUCUUUGCCAAAGAAACGUAAUUUAUUAAACCAUCCGACCGUUGGUGGAAGCCUUGCCACUGCCCCGGGCUGUGAAGCUGUUAGUGUUGUUCGUAAGUCUAGGAAGGGCCGAGCUCUGAAGAUUAAGUUUGCUACUAAUACAUGUGACGACUCGCACGAUGAGGCUUUGAAUGAAGACUAUGAUGAACACGAUACCGAGUGCGACGAGGAAGAGGUAGAGGAUGAAGAAGACAACGAAGAAAAAGAACGCGAUAAUUCAAAAGUUAAAAAUGAAGUUUCUGAACCCAAAGAGGCCAAACCACCCGACAAAGCAGCGCCGGAGCCUGCACAGCUCGCAGUCGAGCCGUUGUGUGCCCGCGUCGCUGCCAUCAGGGCCGGAUGGACGCUCGCCAGCGUGGGGCGUCUCACCAUCGGAGAACUCUUCGUCAUGUUGGGAAGAAUGAAUCCAUUGCUGCUUGAGUACGAAUUCGAGAGCGUAAAGAAAGAGCCUGGCAGUGAAAGUUCACAAUCCACCAGCCCUGUCACAACUUUAGCGAGAGAUACUGCCGUGCCUGAGUCUUCUGACGAGUCAAAAUUUAAAAUCGACGUCAAGUAUAGCCCUUCUCCUGGAGCAGUGAACGCUAAUGGAAAUGCUUGUUUCUCUUCCAUUACAAGGGAUACAGCCACUGUCAAACCUUUGGUUACAGCCGCUGCCAAACCUACUUCAGAGCUAUCGGGAAUGCUGAGCCAGCUUCUAGACAUGUCUUCUCAACUCUUCCACAAGAAUUCCUUGUUGGAAGGGAACAAAAUGUGUCCAUGUCGCCUGAGUAAAGGUUUCAAAAGCCCUUUGGGUGGAGCAGCUUCAAGGAGCCCCAGAGUUCCGGCGUUACCUGCUGCAAGAUCUCCUGAUGUUGGCGGCUCGAAUUUCGCGGUUCCUGCUGAUAGAUCAAGACCUGCUUCUGCUAAACGCCUCAUUGCUCCAGAUGAUGUGGAUGCUGCGGCAACUGGGAGCAACAAACGCCACUGCGUGCGUACAGGAGAGAGUGUGAACGUGAUGGUGAGCGUCACCGCUGGAGACUUCAGAAUGGAAGUCCCUGCCUCAGCGACCAGAUCCACUGCUGUGCUCUCGGACCAGGCCAAACUUGAAGCUGAAAUUUCCAUAAAACUCAACAUCACUUGA